AUGGAGGUCAAGGACAUAAAUGCUUAUGCUAUUUGGGCACAUGAUGCAGUUUCAGCACUAGCAAUGUCUGUUGAGAGCAUGCAAGCUGUUAAAUCGAAAUAUUUGGAAACGAGUGGCUCCAGCCAAAAGAUCGUUUCAGGGUUUUGUGCAGAAGUGUUCCAAGUUGCCUUCACUGCAUUAGGUCCGGAUGUAGCCUUACAUUACAUUCCAAUUGGGAAUAAUUCUAAAAUUGGAGAAAUAGAUUACAACGAUCUUAUAGAUCUAGUCCAUUCUGGGGAAUUUGAUGCUGCCAUUGGAGAUAUAACAAUCACAGCUAACAGAUCUCGAUAUGUUGACUUCACAUUGCCAUACACCGAUCUUGGCUUUGCGACACUAUCACGAGACGCCGAUGCAAGCRWAUGGAUCUUUAUGGAACCACUUAGUUCAAAUCUUUGGCUUGCGUCUGCUUGCUUUUUUAUUUUACUGGCACUUGUGAUAUGGAUUCUUGAACAUCGGACAAAUCAAGAAUUUCAAGGUUCACGAGGACAACAAGUCGGAACAACCAUUUGGUUUGCCUUUUUGACUCUUGUUUAUGCUCAUAUGCUGGUGCUCACUUCAAGCUACACUGCAACAUUGAGUUCGUUGUUAACCGUCGAACAAAUUCAGUUAGCAUCGAAGAGAAAUUCGRUUGGAUWCUCGCCUUCCUUUUUCKUUMACAGAGGAUAUAAUAAGAACUCRAUUCWGGGCACCAGAUUGAAGUUGUAUUCCRCAUUAGAGGCAUAUGCCGAUGCUUUGUCACGUGGGAGUAAGAAAGGCGGUAUUGAUGCAAUUGUCGAUGAAAUUCCUUACAUUAAGGAAUUCCUUGCACAAUACCCRUCUGGUUACUCCAUGACCGUUUCUGAAGCUACCACUAAUGGUUUUGGCUUSGUAUUUGCACGAGGUUCAUCCUGGGUCCCUGAGAUCUCGAGACAGAUUGCCAGACUACGAGAAGAUGGGACUUUAAACAAGUUGGAGAAUAAGUGGUUUAACCAACAACCGGUGGAUUCUACGCCUACAACUAAAAUUCUAAACCUUAAAGACUUGCRUGRUCUAUUWGUGAUCAGUGGGGUGUCRAUGGCAGCUGCCCUUUUCCUGUUCGUGCUUUAUUUGGUUCACGAGAAACUACAUUUCAACUCCACGAAGCUGGCCGGAGGAAAGCUAGCGUUGAUCAAAAGGUUUUUCGUGCCGAAAAACUGGUAA